CGAGUAGGAAGACAACACGGUUUCUGUUUCAGAAUUUUAAUGAGCUGCUGUCAUUGCCAUGGAAGUACCACAAGAGGUGAAGAAGAAUGUUCGGUCUGUCCUGCUGUCAAAAGUUGGUGGGGUACUUGUCAGUGACUUUGCCAAGGACUAUAAGAGUCUUCUACAGAAACCCCUAAAUUACAAGAGUUUGGGUUUCCAGUCAAUGACAGACUUUAUAAAGGCAAUGCCAGAUGUGGUCAGAUUGGAAUUUGAUGAUAAUACUAUGGCUUAUAAGAUGUUUGGUAUUGGUGACCCCAAAAUGUAUAUGUGUGUAUCGGCCAAAAAGGCAGAGCGAGGCUUAGGAGGGACGUCAGAUCCGGCAAAUGUGUUAUCAGAUCCAAGGAGCUCCAAUGCCAUCAGCAAUGGAUCUACCGAUUACGAAGGCAAGCUCAACCCGAAUUCAAGAGGCUUGUACAGCCUUUGUUAUCCAAGGUCCAAGGAGCCCAAGGGCUUUUCUGAAGAGGAUGUAAUGGAGAAAUUCAUGAAGUUUGGGUAUAUAGGUGAUGUGAACUUGAUACCUGGCUUGAUAUUCAUCCGGUUCAGAGAUAAAUCCAGUGCAAUUGAGUGUCUGAAUCAGUAUAAUUCAUGUCUUGAGAUGAAGAUUGCAGAAGAAAGGAAACCAAAAACUGGUAACCAGAUACAACCAAAGAACUCUGGAGAUGCUCAGGAGUACCUUGUCCAGAAAAAAAACAAAGCACCAAUGUUAUCAGCCUAUGGCGAUAAAAUAGAAGUAUACAUAGGGAACAUCAACCAGCAUGUUACCAAGGAACAGUUUGAUGAACUUCUAGAGCCUUUCUGUCCACUUACUGUGCGAUUGGUGAAACCCAAGGCAGAUCCAAGGAAAGUGUUUGCUUUCGCUGAUUUCCAUGUUAACCAAAUAGAUAAGGCAACAGAACUGAUUCGUGAACUGGAUCAAAUGGAGUGGGAGGGAAGAAAACUGAAUGUGAGAUUUGCUCAACCAGACAAACCAACUUUUGAAAAAAAAAGCAUAAGUAACCAAGGAAACAAAGUGAAUUCAGGGGGAGAUAAUAUGGAAAGAAGAUCAAAAAAGUUGCCCCACCUUGUUGAAGAUGGGGAUGAGUGGGGAGAAGAACCUGACAGCAGUGAGCAGACUUACGAAAAACUGAGCAAUGGACAUGAAAGUCUGGCCUCAAAAAUGGCUGCUUUAUCAGUAGAUACAAAUAAAACAUCAUUAUCAAAGUCAAAUCCAUCCCCAGUGAUAAGCCCACAAAACCUUCAUCCCAUGAUAUCCCCCAUCAGAACCCCUGAGAAACCCUCUCACCAAGGACAUUUACCACAGGAAAGCCGAAAAGGCAUUCCUCAGAACACAAGGAAACCAAAAAUGCCGGAUUUUAAUGAGAUGGUUUCCCCUGAGCAUGUAAGUCAGAAUGAGAAAAUGCCAAAACUUGAGCCAACUGGUGAUAAAUAUUCGGGAAUGCCAAGCCUUGAACCUAUAGAGAGUAAAUAUUCAGGAAUGCCAGACCUUGAGCUAAUAGGUGGACAUGAUGAAAUGCCUGCGUUAGAGAAGAUAGGAAGCAGACAGCAGGGAAUGUAUAAGGUGGAUGAUAAAAACCGUCCAGUGAUGCUGUUCAUAGGAAACUUUGUUUACUUUGAAAAUGAGUAUGACUUGGCCAACUUAUUUGGUGCGUAUGGUGUUAAAUGUGUGGAGAUACGAAACAAUAAUGACAGGAGGAAGACGACGAGUGCAAUUGUGACAGUAGCCAACAUGGAGAUGGCUAACCGUGCCAUGAUGGAACUUGACCAGACAUAUCAUCGAGGCCGCAGACUUCUGGUGUGUAUGGCCAAAGAGGACCCUGCCUAUGAACCAGCAUCUGUGUUCACCUCCCCCCAGAACCUCCACAACAUCAAGUGUACCAUCGGUGGAUCAGGGGCAUCACACAGAAAUGUUACUUUGGGUGCAGAAAAUCUGUGUGACAUGCAGAGGGGGCGUGGUCGUAGCUUUGAAAGGGAUGGAGCCAUGUACAGAGAAUCUUCAUCUUCCUCGUCUUCCAGUCAGGACACUAAGAUAUCAGAGACCACCAUCAUCAAAAAGACUUUCAACUCUCUGCUUAUGACAUACAAGAUUAUCAUGGGCAAACUAGGAGUACGGCGACGGGACUUAUCGUUUAAUACCAAUGAAGAGAUCAAUGUCUAUGUUACCUCAGUGUUUGAUGAUCAACACUUUUGGGGACAAGUCAUACGUGAUAAAAACUCUAUCGCAUACCUGAACACAGUGAUGAAUGAUCUUCAAUGUAUUGAGACUAGAAUUGGAAAUACUAAGGGCCUUGGCAGGUGUGCUGCACAGAUUGAUGAUGAAUGGUUCAGAGGCUGGAUUACAGCUGAAAGGCCUGGUUUCAAGGUUGAUGUCUUCUUGGUGGAUUAUGGUAAUACAGCUAAUAUGGACAGGUAUAAGACUAGUUUGACUAUACCAGAGGUGUGGGAGAUCAAACCAAUGGUCAGGCCAUUCAGGAUUACAGAAGGAUCCCUUCCCCUGUCUAAAGAGUUGGUGUGGAAGAUUAUCACUCUGACAGUAGACAGGAUUGGUGUGGAUGAUAUGCAUUUCCUCACUGAAGUAAAAAUAACCUCUGUGGUAUCAGCAGAUUAAGGGAACAGUCCAUGCCAUAUUGAAUUGAUGUGUAACUGAAUCACACAGGCGUCUGACAUAAUUAUAGAACAGCAGUCUGGACACUACCAACAACAGAAGUGAUUAGGAUCAAGUCCAUUCAUUGAAGAAGUGAAAUUAUCUGUGGGUACUGAUGUAGGUGUUGAAGCAACUGAAGCACCAUGUUUUUAGAAUUUUAAUACACCAGAUAUGUAUUCUGAUAGUGUUUCAAAGUGCUUGAGAAGCUCUCGAAAGAUUUUGAUUUGGUCAUUCAUAAAAUUUAUAAGAAAGACAUACACUCAGACUUUUAAUGGUAGCAAAUCCAGGAGCAACUCAAAAUGCAUUCCCAUAAUGCAAAGAAAACAUUCUUUUUCAGCAUCACACUUGUCAACAUUUUUGGAUUUUGGAGAAAUAUUUUUCAUCAAUAACCAUAAUUUUAGACAAAGUUUCUCGGGAAGAAACUUAUUUGUUUGUGAAUUCAAAACUUAAUUGAGGUUGUUAAAAGUUAAAAGUGUAUUUGAAAAUGUCUUUAAUUUUACAACAUAUCCAAUAACCUGCAUGGAAAUUCUGAAAGCUGGCUACUGUGGAGCUAAGUGUACUCUUUUGAUUGGAUUAAUUAGCUUCCAAGUAUCUUUUUAAAUACCUACUGUAUGAAGUGACUUACUGACUAGAAAGAAAUUGAAGCCAUUUUGCAGAUUCCUGUAGACAAUAUUUUCAGGAAAUUUUGAGAUUUAUUGGCAUAUAUUGGCGAAAAACAGCACCUUAAUAGUUUCAAACUACUAAUGCAUAAAAAAAACAUUUUGUUUGGUAAUAAAGGACAUAGUACUGUGUGUAAUCUUUUGUAGGCACGAUGUGCUUCCUUAGAUAAGAGAAUGUAUGAAGUGGUGUCUUGUAGAUUGAAAUACCUUGUACUCCAUGUCAUGUAGUGUAAUUAGACAAACAUUCUAUAGAUGCUGAUCAGAAAAACAUGACAUACCUGGAAAAUUACCUCCUUUGCACUAAUUCUUCUUAUGACAUUUGCAGGGACAGAAAAAGGUGCUGGUAUAUAAAAUUUUCCUGAAAAAUUUUCUUCAUUACAUAUAUCAGUAAGGUUUCAUUCCAUGCAAAUACUUUUUCUUCAAACAUGAAAAGAGAAAAAAAGAAAAUAUUUGAGAUGAAUUAAAAAGUACUAUUCACAGUAGGUAAGUCUGGUUGACCUAUAGGUAAAUACAGUAUUAUACUGUAUACCAGGAAAGUUUGCUUCCAUGUAAUUUUGGCCCUUUUCAUCCAUUAACAGGGAGGGCAAAUUUAAGAUGCGACUCUUUUGUAUAAUUCUCAGAGGACAAAAUGAACAUGAGGCUAAUUCAUGUGUAAUGAUACCAAAAUAACCUAAAGCAGCAAUAUCUGGAUAUACAGAAACCUGUAGCAUUGUCCACAGUCACUUUAAAGAAGGACAUAGUGACACAGAAAUGUAGACACUGUUAAAUAACAUGUCUACCAAUAUCUGUGCAUCACAUUUCUAAGAAUUGAUUCUGUAAACAUUGAUCUGUCUCCAAGAAUCAUUUUCUACCUUGGCUUAUGAUGCAGUCACUCACUACAUCUUUUUCAUUAUAUUCCCACCAAUUGAGGUAUGCCAAUCAAAAACAGUUUUAAAAAAUAUAUAUAUAUUUUACCAACACAAGAUCUUUUUACUCUGACUUGUUGUUAGACUUGAAUCUAUAUCUUGUUCCUAUCUUUAAUUUACUGUGAUGGUGAUGGUUGUGUAUGCAUAUCCAGAGAAGCUUUUAUCAUUUUUUCAAAUAGCAUUUGUCUCCAUGUUGUGUUGAUCAAUGAUAAAGCUGGGAAUUAGGAUUAACGUAGCAAUUCAGUUGAUGUUGCAGUUCUGUAAAGGCAAGAAAUUAAGAUGGUGUUGAUAGCUGUCACACCAUAUUGUAACCAACCUAGUAUCUAGUGAAACUUUCUUGCUGUUAUGUAAAGUGGCAUUAUUUUAGUAUCCAGAAUCAUAUUUCAAUGUGCUGUGCACACAGGGACUUGGCUCAUAUAUUCCUAACCUGAAGAUACACAUAGUUUUGUAAGUGACUAAUACAAAGGUAUAUCUGUAUGGACCAUGUAAUUAGAAGGUAGUUCCGCAGUCCUGUAUGUGUUUUAUGAAGCUAUUGAGAUUGAUUUGGGGUACACCAUAUAAAAAAUAUGAAGUAUAUCAACUAACACAUUUAUUUUCUAUAUGGUGAAAAAGAAGUCAUGAAAAUUGAGAACCCUUAACUUUAACAAAAAUGGGACUAUCUUGUAGUUUUAACUGGUCUUCUCAUACCAAUUUAGUUGUUUUGUUAUGUCUUUUAAGGCUGGUUUCUUUACAUUAACCAAUCUUCAUCCUUGUAUUAUAUUUCUUCAAAUUUGGAAAAAUCCAUUUUAUGCCGGGUUCAUACCAUCUUGGUUACACAUUAAGUACAGUGCUUAUCCAUGUUUUCAGUUAUGAAUGCAAAAAUUUGUAUUCAACAGUAAAAAAAGAUAAAUAAAAAUAAAUAAAUAAAUAAAAAAACUUGUAAAUAACACUUAGAAUUUAUCCUGUAUUGUUGAUAUUGUACGAAUCAUGGGUUGGUAAAAGAUUUGAUACAGAUUGUCUCUUGUCUUUAAUUGUAUCUCAUUGAAAUAAUGUGGUACAAUCUGUACUUAAAUUGUAAACUGUCUAUUAUGGAUUGUGUUGGAGUUUGUUCACCGCUAUUAUCUAAAGGAAUGAAUUUUGAACUGGAAAAAAAAAUAAAAAUAAAAAAAAAAAAAAAAAGAAAUAUGUAAAAUAAAUAUAUAUGGUAAUAUACUGGUUGCGGUGCUUUUAUGAUGGGCCAACCAUGAAACAAGAUUGUGAAAUCUUGUAUAUGAACUGUCCUUUUUUUCGCAGUUUCUUAAUAUGAUACAGUUUGCACCUUGUGAUAGGGCAAAUUAUUUUUUUGUUUUAUUAUUUCUUUUCUGCUGUUGUAUAUGCAGAUGCCUUCCAUGACCGUUUCCUAUCACUAGAGGUGAUUUGAAAACUAGAGAAAAAAAAAGUGGAAAGACAUGGAAAUACAGAAAUAACAGACAUGUAUUAUUUCUGUAAGGGUUAUAAAAAAGAAAGAUCAGUAGGAAAUACUGACAACUUGUUAAGUUUCCCAAGAAGUAAUGAGAAAACUUCAAAAAUUUCAUAGUUUAUUUAUAAUAAGAACAAAGUUCCUACUACAUUUUGUAUUUGUAUAGAAGAAGCUGUGCAAAAUGUUAAAAAUUUUCUAUGUUUAUAUGUACAAUUUAUAUAUAUACUUUUACUCGGUAGACUAGUGUAUUUCAGAUUUGAAAGUUUAUCUCAAAAUCUUAAAAACGAUUCACUUCUUGUCUUCAAUGAAAACAUUAUACAAUGAAAUAAGUAAAUAAAUAACUUUUACCAGUACAUGUAUAUAUAUAACAGUUUUGCCUUGCUGCCUGUUUGCAUCAUCUUCAAUGAUCUUAAUGGACCUAUGUUUUGUGUGGGUGUAGGUGUAAAUAUACAAGACACAGUUGCUUUUAGUUCCAGGCCUGCUUUUUCAAUAAUUUUUCUUCCAUUCUUUUGAUGUGCUAUGAGAUGAAUUGUGUAUUUGCUGGCACAUAAAUAUAGGAAGAUUUCUCAAGUAUUUUUUAUGAUGUUGAAUGUUCUAAAAUGUUUCAUAAUUUUUUAAAAAGAGUUAGAUAUAUUCUUCCCUUUUAUCAUUUUGAUAUCUCCUUUUUUUCAAUUUGAGUGGCAAAUGAUAAAUGGUUUUCAGUAGAGGUGGUCGAUCCACAAAAAAGUAUAUUGUACAUCAUAUACUGGUGGUCAUCAGGGCAGAUAAUUUUUUACAUUAUUUGAAUGUACAUGUAAUUUACAGUGGAAUAUGUCCUUCUUAAAUGAAGCAGGGCUUCUAAGGUGUCCUGAUUUAUAUUGAAAUUUUUAUGUGUUACACACACACAAAAAAAAAAGAGAAAACAAUUUAGGUGUAUUAAAGCAUUUCCAAUAUUGAUUUGGAAAAGCAAAGAUGUUUUUAAAAUAUACACUGUAUUUUCUGGAUUAUAACCCACACCUUUUUUCCUCAUGAGUCAGACGUGUGGCUUAUAUGUGGACAAAAAAAAAUUCAGCAAGAUGAAAAAAAGAAAGCAUACCAGUACACCAGUACAAAAUGGUAUCGUCUGGACAUCGGUUCCUGACCGUUAUGUAUUUCAGAACGUCCAUUUUUUUCAGGCAUAUCACGUAAACUAUUAACCUCCAUUACCUUGCACCCAGACAAUUUUGGUUGUUGUAACUUGUCACACUUCCAGAAAGAAUAAAAAUUUGUAAUGUAAACCAUUCACCAUAAAGUCUUAUGAGUAUAUAUUUCUUUGGCAAAUUUCUGUAUUUUUUCUUAAUAAGGGUGCAGCUUAUAUGUGGAUCAAAUUGAAAAAAUCGCUAAAAACUGGUGGUGCUUAUAAACCCAGAAAAUACGGUACUCACUAAAAAAGACUGGCACAUAACAGUUUACCAGUAGAAUGUACUGAAAAGUUAAUUCACAGUACAUUUUGUUUAUGGAGUCUUAAUUCUAUCUAUGAAGGCUAUUCCAUCAAAUUUACAGGAAAAAUCUGAAAGUCCUGUCAUGGAAUAAGUCCAUGUAAAGAAAAAAAAGAGUGUACAUGUAUAUCGCUUUCAAAAUGAACAGAAUUGUAGGAAUUCUGUUUUAAUUUUCUCUGCAGAAAACAAUGGAGUAUAUUAUUUCAAUAAACAACUAUAAAAUAGCUCUGAAAUUUUUCUUGCUAUUGGCACUUGUCAUCUUUUGAAUAAAUUUCCUAUCAAGAAAUCA